UGUUAAAAAAAUUAAGCAACUACAUCAGGACCUUUAUACUGUAAUACUGGAGUAGUACUACUACUUCCUCCUCUACGCAGUAUUUCCAUGUAUUCCGCUGCCUUUGUCUUCAGUGACUGUGUUUUUUAGGCUCUCUCCCUGAAGGCGAUCUAAUCGGUCAGAUGCCUCCAAAGAGAAGCUCUGGAUCAAGUCCAGGACAGCCGCAAGUGAAGAUGAUAAAGAUCGGCAGCCCUUUAGAUGUGCAGGAGUUCAGUGCUGGGUCUGUGGAGGACAGAUACAGGAUGGCAGAAGAGUCCAGCCACUCCCCUCUUCCCACCAACGAACCUGAAACUUUUGACUUUGAUGAGGAACACUUUGCAAGCCAAGGCAUCAGGACGGACACCGUCAGCCUCCUCAUGAAAAUAGAACAGCUGCAGGCGCAGCUCAAAUACGAGCGCAGAUGCAGGAUCUUGGCUGAGAGAGAGCUGAGGGAACUCAAAGAGAUGAACACUCUCAUGAUACAGAUGAGGCACACAGCAAAUGAACUUCGAGUAACUCUGGAUCACGUUCUUCAUGGAAGUGAGGCCGGGGUUGAACCACAAAACACUGAUGAAGGCGUGACCUUCCUGAGCGAUUCUGGAGUUCAUGUUGGAGGAGUUCACAAUAUCCCAGAGGAUGACCUUAACUUUGUGUAUCUUGCUGAGAAUAUACGAGUGCCAAAAGAUCUUUAUGAGCGUGUUGCAGACAUUUCUGACUUUAAGAAGUAUGUCGGCGCUCUGCUGAUGAUAAUUUUCGACCGAGACACUUUGGCCACUCACUGUCUGCAAGGCCGGAAAAACAACUUCACAGGAGAAGAUAGCCACAAGCCUCCUCUCCCACCUGAGAUCUUAAAAAGCUUAAUGGAUCAUGUUGCUGAAAAGUUUGGUGUCGACACUACCCAGAUCAAAUAUGCCAUCCGUACAAAGCUGAACAACGAGGACAAGCUGCUGAAGAAGAGAUCAAUGUCUACAUUACAUGAAGAAAUCCAGAGCAUCAUCCUCAAGGCAUUGCCAAAUCUUUCAGAGGAAACUCAAAGUCUACUUAUUUCAAGACUUCAAGCUUCUGGAUUGGAGUCAAAAGGGGACUUGAAAUAUGUCCAACAAGAAGACAUGGCUGACCUAUUGCCUGUUAUUCAGCUCCGGAAACUGUUGGACGCAUUUAAAUCAGAGACAGAGGUGGUCAUUCCAGAUCUCCAGAGUCAUCCAUGCCCUACACCACUGUCCAGCCAAUCACUGCUAGAAUGUAGUUUGCCACCAUCCAGCCCAUCAACUUCCUUGUCUGACUGCAGCACUCCAAGCAACAGCAGUUCUCCAUUCCUCAUAUCCAAAACUUGGCCAGAAACAUUCCAAGUCCCUUGGGACAAAAUGCCACUGGAGAUUUGUUCAGCCAUUGCCAAUAAAAAGAGACCAAACCCCGCAGAGCGCCGGCAGAUGGUGAGAGUACUCGUUGAUGAAAUGAGGAAACAUGAUGCUAACCCCACACGUUCUCAGUGUCUCACAGUUUGUCGAAAUAUUGUGAGGCAGUACCCCCAGAGUUUUGCCGAUGUUUGUGCAGAUGGCUCACUUAUAGCAGGAGGUUAUACUUCACUGCUUAUACAAGUAAAAACACGUAUUGAAAAUUUGAAUCGUGAUGGUAACUUUGCACGCCACCGUGCUUCAAGGUCUUCUGGGUGGAGCUUUGGCUGCAAGAGGGGGCCCACUGACUCAUAUGGAUGCACCAGAUUUCAGCCUGAACUUCCACCGGAAGAGACUGAUGACACAAUUGAACAAAAACGCCAAAGAUUGGAGGAGAUAUAUAGACAAGAAGGUGCACGUGGCAUUGAAAGAGCAGAGGUCAGUAGUCUUAUGGAGAUCACAUUCUGUCUACAACGUCGCCAUAUUAACAGAAUUCCAGCUCCUGCCAUUGAGGAUCUCAGACGUGACUGGCCAUACCUCUUCCAUCAGAGGAGCAUCUAUGCUCAUUUUCAGCUUCUAACAGACCGUAAUGUUUUGCGUCUCCUUGAGCUUUCCAUGGAGGAAUGUGGGAGACCAAUCAUAGAAUACUUCCAAAGCAAAUCCACAAACAAAGCGACUUUCUGUCAGGAUGAAGAUGCUGAGGUGGCACUUCAUGUUGUCCAGCUACUGAUGGCCCAUUUCAAAGAGAGCACAGAUGGCCUCAUCCUUUCCACAGAUUCAUCUGCCACAGUGAGUGAUGUUGAGAAGACCUUUGAGCUGCCUUUGACACCACGCCUGAUACUACUCUGUGGAAAAGACCAUGUCACUGCUGGGCACUGGAUGAUCAGUCUUGAGAGCCAUGUUGUAUGUGAGGGCAUUCAACCAACCUUUGUGACAGGGCUUGCUGCACUGUUUUCAAUGUACUACAUCCUUAAUUUACAAUAUCAAGAAGAGGCUGCAUGUACACUUGAAUUCAUCCAGAGGCGCUUUCUUGAUAUCAACCCUGAAAGAGGGACCAAGGCCAGCUGUGGCAAGAUGGUCUCCAAGAGGACAGGAAAAACUGUUCAAAAGAAGUCUGUCACUGUCAACCCACGUGUGUCAAGUCUGCUAAAAAACCUAAUGGACUUAGUCUAGAUAUUGUUGCCCCUCCGCACAAAUUUUAUUUAUUUAUUUUUUUUUAAAGGUCAGCAUAAUCUUAGACAUGUCUUUUGAUUUAUAGCAUAUAUUUUGUUAAGGCUCCCACUUUCUGUUCUUCAGAUGUAAUUUGUAAUUUUGACUGUACAAGCACAAUGCUUAACUUAUCUUGGCAGUGUGUUGUCUGAGCAAUGUUUGAGUUUUUUUUUUUUUUUUCAAAAUAAAUGUUGGUUGACAUGAUGGAACUUACAUUUUCUAAGUGUUUUUUUUAUGUUUCUAUUUUGAAUUGGAAAUUUACAGUAGUAAGCUGUAUGUGAAUUCAACAGUAAUGGUACCAUAGAAAAACUAAUAUACUGGCAACACUGCUGCCAGUAGUCUACUGUAAAAAUACAGGGCAAUUUGUUAGAUUGUAGAAAAACGGUAAUAUACUGGCAACACAGCUGCCAGUAGUCUACUGUAAAUCUGAUUAAAAACAGCAAUGUGCUGUAAUCAAAAGAUUUCUUUUGUGACGGUAAUAUACUGUAGUUGAUUACAGUAAGGGUACUGUAUAUUAACGGUAUAAUGCUGGCAACCCUGCUGCCAGCAUUUUACUGUAAAAAUACAGGGCAAUUUGUUACAGUGUGGGCUUCAUUGGGUAAUCAGGAAACAU